AUGUCGUUUUCACAGCCAAGACCAAGGGAGCUGACUCCCCAGGAAAAGGAAAGGAUAUUUGCCUUCAGAGAGAAGUACUAUUAUUCUCCGCGUUAUUCCGAUGACCAUUUCGAGUAUCGUCAUGUUGCCUUACCAAGAGAGCUUCUGAAACUCAUUCCUAGCGACUACUUUGCAGAGAACGGCACUUUUAAAAUCCUUACAGAAGACGAAUGGCGUGGCCAAUUGGGCAUCACUCAGAGUUUGGGCUGGGCCCAUUACGAUUGUCAUGCUCCAGAACCACAUAUUCUCUUAUUCAGAAGAGCAAAGAAUUAG